AUGCCCGCAAAGAUGCCAUCCAUUAAUGGUUCACCCACUCUCUCUGCUUCCCCUUCACCAUCGCUAGAUACGCCUGAUCUCUCCCCUUCGAUAAGUGUAUCAACCAAUCGAUCCUUUUCCAACGUGUCCUCUCUUAGCAGUAAUUCCUCACGCUCAUCCGCUCGGUCUUGUUCUCUUCCUUCUGCAAUCUCCACGACAUCCUCUCGCCGUAGAGGGUACAUUCGUCCUCAAGGUGUCACAUUUGCACCUUCAGCCCAGAACAGAGAUUCAGUGCUAUCCCUUGGCAGCAUUGCUCACCUACAAUACUACUUCGCUCGAACCGGUCUUCUGGAUGGAAAGGGAGGACAGCUAGCAAAGACAAGACAAAAUGGAGAAUAUGAUCUGCCUAUACCAUCUAAAUUCUCGCUCAGCAGGAGUGACAGUGAUGCAGGAAGCGCCAUCACAGACAGCCCUAUCGAGGAUGAGGGUGCAUUAUUGUGGGACGCAGCACAAGAAGAUGGUGAGGAGGUGAUGCUUCCUCCAACCGUGAGCACUUAUGCACAUCGAACAAAUCAUGUUCCUCCUCCUCCUGACCAGAAGAGUCUUAAGAAGGAUCUUGUCGAUGCCCUGGAGAAUGCCCUACAUGCGUUAGAAGACGUUUCUUCGAGUCUCAAGAACGGAGAGAAUGGAGAACCGCAGGGCCAGGAUCUGCAAGGCUUCUACGAGAUACAAGGGCUACACCUCUUGGACACAACGACUCUAGCUAUCAGAGCUGCACGAUUAUACUAUACCCUUCAUCCCAACCCCACAGUCCUCCACUCCAUCAAACCCGACUUCCAGAUCAGAAGGGAUUUGAUUUCCGUACUUGACGUACUAAAGAAGUGGGCUGCGAGAAAGUUUGCAGGUGGCCUACGCGAGGAAGAGAGACUUGCGAUUCUUGUAUGGGUCAGCGAAGUGGGUAUGAUGAUAGAUGAGGAAGUCAGGAUGGAAGAGGCUGAACGUCAAGAGCGAGAAGGCUGGCAGUGGAUGGAUAACUCUUUGUGGUCAGGUAGGGAAAAGGAGAGGGAGAUUUGCUUCCUGGAAAGCCUUCAGAAAGCAUCACCCAACCAGCCAACAGGUGAUGAGUUGCCCCGCUGGGAAGAAGUCGACGCUGAAGCAAACGAGCCCACCGCAUUUCUGAGAGCAUUGUUGGAUGGCAGAAAGCUGAUCCAGAUGCACAAUGGCGCCGUCAAGCGAUCCAAGCGGCACUUUGGAGAAAUCAAGACCUGGCAUGACGACGUAGCCAAACCAUACCGCCGUGCCGAAAACAUGAGGUUUUGGAUGAAAGCGGCGGAGAUCAGAUGGGAUAUCAAACUUUUGGUCAAUGUCAUGAGCAUUGUCAACAGCUCGAAAGAACCAGGCAUUUGGAAACAGCUUGAAGAUGCGGUAUUGAAAUGGGGUAGGGGUGUACGAGAAGAGAUCAUCCGAGACUGGAAGGAUGAUGAAGACAGGAAACUGCAUGCCAGAGCGAAGAGUCUGGCAUUGGCUAGCCCGGGCGGCAGCCCGCAGAAAUCGAAGCCCGGAGCGGAGACCUUGAUGGACGAACGACUCGGAGGUCGGAUUGGAUGA